UUAUCUCUUUCAUACUCUCACGUCAUUAUAUUAAGCUAGCUUUGCUAAUAUUGGACCCUUCUUCAACCCCAAAAAUAUAAAAAACUAAAAAAACAUCAACCGAAGGGGUCAUUUCUCCCAAUCCGUUUCUGUUUCUGUCUUCCAGGAACACUGUCAGUGAGUGAAGGAUACGAUGAACAUCAUGUCUACCCACCAGUGUAGUUGGCCUGUGAGAAUUCAGGAUCAUCCUGACAAAGGAAGUAUUAAUAGGGCUCCAUUUUCCAGAGGAUCAGACUUCCUUAAUGUUGGAUACCAUACUCAAAAAUAUGGUCAUAGUGCCAGAAAAUGUAGGCCCAUUUUUUCCAGUUCAGUGAGCAACAGUACGGAUCCUUCAGAUUCAGAUAACACUGAUAAGAAAAAACCUCAGAAUGGUGAAAUGGGAGGAGUGAAUAGUGAAAUGCUUAGAGAGAGUCUCGAGAAAAUAGUUGGAAAAGAUGAUUCCACGUUUAGUGGAUUUGACCUUGCUACCCUUAUCAGGAACAAAUAUGGGAGGUCUUAUGAUGUUCAGUUGAUAAAGAAGGAAUUCAUGGGAAGAAAUCUCCUUGCGAUGAAUGUCAUGUGGAAGUACAUGGAGCAGAGAUCCUUCCCAUUGACCGAAGAAGAGUAUAUUUUGAGGCUUGAUGAUAUUGCAAACAACUUAAAAUGUUGGGGAGCUGUGUCUCAUAUUCGGAACAGCCUAGAAAAGUCGAAGGAACGACCUCGGAUAGGGAAGGCAGUAAGCAUUUUUAUAGAUAUGGAUGAGUCGGGUGCUCGUUCCAACGAGUGGAUCUACAAAUAGAAUGUGUUACUGAUUUGAAAUCUUAAAGUUAGUCACUGGUUUCCAGAUAACAGUGAAGGAAAAGUCCAUAGGCAGCAGGUCCACCACUUUUAGUGAAUUUCGUUAGUUUGGAAUUUAUUACACUUGGAUCUUAACAUCUACAGAAGCUUUUCUGACGUUUCUGUUGGCAACUUGGCAUCAGGCCUAGGCAACUAUAUUUUUGGUUCUGCCCUUCUUUUUUUCCUUUGUUCAUAUUGAUGUAAAAUGAGUUAAUAUAAGAAAAAGCAUUCAUAUUAAAUUUCUAACAAACUUUCUCUUCAAAUUAGAGGAGACACUAAUAUUAAAGGUGUUGUCCUAA